AUGUCCGAAAAUGUGCUAACGAUGGUCUGGGAUAUCAGGGGAUCGAAGCUCCUUGAAGAGUUUGUGCGCGGCGUGUGGGGUGGUCCUGGCUACACCCUCCAACGCCUGUACCUCCAACGCAAAUACCGCAACUCGACCACGACGGCGCACCAACUCUGGACUUCUGACCAGCUCAAGUCGUCCGACUACAGCCCCAACACGCAAAUCACGGACCACUUCGUCGUGCUGGACAAGACGCCCACGAGCGUGCUCAUCCGGUGCGGCGACUCGCCGCUCAAUCACCCGGACUCGCCGCGCCAGUCGGACGGGCUGUUUGAGAUGUGCGCUUCCGUGAAUGCCGACGAAGGGUUCGCCGAGUUCCGGCUGAAGAGUAUUUUCUUUGUGGGGGAUCAGAGCUGGACGGGGCCGGGCGAGAAAUGGGAGAAUCGAGGGCCCAUGCAGGGGACUAUGUGGUUUGCGCAUAAGUUGUAUACGAAGCUUUGGAUGGAGAGUGCGUUGAGUAGGGUGAAGGCGUGA